AUGAGUAGGCCAAUUUUCGCUUCCACGCCCCGGUGGAAGGACACCUUAACUUUCCGUGCCGACGCGGCCAUCUUCUCGCCCGGUCCUCGAUCCAAACGUAGACAAAAGCCACCAGAAGGAUCUGGAGACGAACUUUUACCUUGGCUUUUUCUCCAGGCCGAUGACCAGCUCGAGUUUGCAAGGCUGGAAUCUUCAACUGGUGAGUGA